AAGCUCGUGACAAAACCCUACAGAAAAAAAAAACAUGUUUUUCUGCCACAGCAGCGGCGGAGACCUGGGGACCUUCUCCAAGGCCGACAUCCUCCGAGGGAUCAUCACCGAGAAGCUCAGCAUCGCCACCCGCGACAUCCUGGCGGUGGUGGAGAGGACGGUGGCCGACUACGAGGAGGAGGCGUCGGGCUUCAGGCGGAGGAUCGCGCGGCAGGAGCGGCAGCUGGAGCUCCUGCAGCCCCGGGUCAACCUGCACAGGCUGCGUAUCGAAGACUCUGUGAGGCUCGACUUUCCUCAGAAUGAUGAACAUGAUAAUGACGAUGGUGGUGGUUUUGAUGAUGAGGUCAAUGACGAAGAAGAACAGGACCAGCCUUCAGCAGGUUCCAGGACAACGUCCAAGGAUCCAGACUUUGAAAUCCCAUCGAGACCUCUGCAGUGCACAGCCCGGCGCAGCAGAGCCUGGACCAGCUGCAGUCCGACCCACCUGAACCUCAGGGUCCGGUUUAUAAAGGACCCAAACGUGGGUGUAUUGCAGCGCUCUAACAUGACGAACACUCUUGUCCGGGACCUCAACUUUCCUCGAGAUCUCCCAGAGUCAGAAUUCGUGGAUCUGCUCAGGUCCUCUUUCCCGCCGCUGGACGGAAGUCACAAAGCCUUUGAGAUCUACACACUCAACCGAAGCAAGAAGCUACAGAAGCUGCCGCUGAAGACCAUGACACCCACUGAGAUCAUCAGGAGCAUCAAGGCCAACGCGCCGCGGGCCACCGUCCUCUUCAUCAAGCUGAAGACCCCAGAGUCUGAGAAGACAUCAGAGGAAACGCUGGAGGAGAAACUUGAAGGAGCAUCUACAGAAAUCAAGGAGAAAUCCGAGGAGAUCAAGGACAAUGAGGAGAUAGAAGAUUCCUACAUCUCAACAGUAAAGGACAAACCCUCAUCCUGUGAUGCUGAAGCAGAAGAAGAGGAAGAAGCUGGACCGAGUUCAAGGUCGGGUCCACAUGGUUUCGGGGAGGAAGCUGGGUUCACAGACUCACCAGAACACCAUCAUGACGAUGUGGAUAAAGAUGAUGCCUCUGCUGAGGAUCCAGAAUGGAGACUGGAGUCCAAGCAGAAACAAGUGGUGAAGAAAGCAGCAGAUAAAACUCCAAGAGAGUGGCGGAAAAAAAGGGCUUGUAAAAUUUGUGGGUGCUGGUACAAUUCCCUGGGGGGUUUGAUCAAACACAUGUGGAUUCACAUGGAUGAGCCGCAAAGAGUUUGUGGGGUCUGUGGAGAUGCUUUUGAAUCCACUGAAGAGCUGAAGGAACAUCUGAGAAACUACGAUAAAGUCUACAAGUGUGAGGAAUGUGGGAAAACUUUUUUAAAAAUCCUUCUUUUAAAAAGCCAUCUAGCUGUUCACUCUAAAAACGCUAAUUUUCGAUGUGACAUUUGUGGAAAAAAGUUUGGAGCAGAGAGGGCACUGAACUUGCACAGCUGGAGCCACGCAGAGGAACGGCCGCACAAGUGCGAUCUCUGUGACAAGUCCUUUGGUCUGAAAAGUCUUCUGCAGGCUCAUAGAAAGAACCACAACAAGUGGCAGUGCCACCUCUGCAACAGGAGUCUCUCAAGCAGCCGAGCUUUGGCCUGGCACCUGAUGAGUCACUCUGAGAAACGCCACUUUGCCUGCGAAGUUUGUGGGAAACGAUUUAAAAUCCUCCACACUCUGAACAUCCACAAGAAGGUUCACAUGAACCGAGAACGGUCGUUCCUCUGCCAUAUCUGCUGCAAAACCUUCUAUUGCAACGGGUCGCUCAAAACUCACAUGAAGACCCACAGCAGUGAGAGGCCGUUCGUCUGCCAGGACUGUGGCAAAGGCUUUGUGAGCAAAGGAAACCUGAAGAUCCACCAGCGAGUUCACACUGGAGAGACGCCGUACGGCUGCUCCCACUGUGGACGCCGCUUCAAGCUACAGUCAGCUCUAAAAAGCCACGUCAGAAUCCACUUGGGCAUCAAACUCUUUACCUGCCCGGUGUGCGGGAAGGCCAUUGCGCGGCAGGAACACCUGAAGGUCCACAUGAGGAUCCACAGUGGAGAAAGACCCUACAAGUGCUUGCUGUGUGUCAAGGCCUUCACCCAGAGCCACUGUCUGAAAACACACAUGAUGAAGCACCAUGCUGGAGAGAACCAGAACCAGGACCAGACUAGACCCUGAAGAACCUUUAUGAGAACAAACCAAACAGCCGACUUCUGGCUUUCUAACAAUCAUUGAGGUAUUACUUUCUAAUCUUUAAUGUUUGUAUGAGCCGAAGUAUUCAGUUGUUGUUUCAAGACAUUUGUGAGUUCUGAACAGUGUCCUUCAUCUUUGUUGUGUGACCGUCUUCCAAGUCCAAACACGUCAUUCCGAUUGAAAUUAUACAAAUUCCAUAUUAAAGACUAAAGUCCUGUGGUUGAUUUUCAGACGA